AUAUCUCUUGUAAAAACAACUUGAGAACGUUAUAUUACACUUAAUAUUUUUUUUUACCGAGUUACAAAAAUUAUAUCAAACAUAAACUAGAAAAAAAAUUAACAAAUUAGAACAUUUAUGGUACAUACAAAUAUCUUAAAAAUAGCCUAGUGGUAGCCGAUACGGUAUAAUCCAACUAUUUAUUGCGAGGCACAACUUCUCUAAGCAUUAUCACCUCACAGUGGUAAGGGCAUAGGCUAAGCCCCCCAAAAAAGUUUAAAGUUUAUUCAAUAUUAUCAAAGUCGGACUUUACUCCCCCCCCCCCCUAAACUCAAACACUAUUUGCGGCUAUUGGUAAGGGAUUGAUUUGGUAAGGGCUAUUGGUGUUAAUUGAACCACGGCAAGUGUUUUGCAUUUGUAAUAUAAUACUAUAUUGUGCUUAAUAUAAAAUGUCUUAGUGAUUUAUUUAUUAAUUCUAUUUUAUACAUUUUAUAAUUUUAAAAAGUUUCAUCAAGAAGUCGAUCCCCAAAACGGUAUUAUGCAGGUCAACUCACUGCAGUAACCACUCUCUAUGCGUUUUAUUUAAAACCGGAUUUUCUGUACGAAUAAAAAACUAGGUAGGAAUACGUUUUAAUUUCAUCAUUCGCUGUAUAAUAAAUUUUGAACCGUUCAACUACAUCAAGUAGGAACGUUUAAUCUUUUAUCGCGUGUCGAGCGGGACUUCAUCGAAGCAUUCGAAGCAUGCGCUUGCACUGAUCAUGGGAUUGUAUGUACCUACUCGUCGUUAAUUAACGGGAGAUAACAAACGAAUAUUGUGAAUAUUGUGAAAAUACAUUUCGAUUUUUACGUGCCAAGAGUUAAUUAUUUUUACACAUCGAUUUCUCAAGAGUACCCAAGUUAUCGAAAAACACUCAAGGGUGUUAAGUUAUUCUGUAGAAUCAAUUUUUGAUCAUGAAUAAACCAUACACAACUAAAUGCGAUCCCGAGGAAGCUGUAGUAGCUAACAAAUCUACUAUGCCAAACACACCUAAUCUGAAAGGAGAUUGGUUAAACUUCAACUUGUUGUUAUUGCUUUACGUUCUACAGGGAUUUCCAAUAGGCUUAUCCGGUACUCUUCCAAUCAUUUUACAGAGUAGAAAAAUGGUGACUUAUGAAGAACAGGCUUUAUUUAGUAUUGUGCUUUGGCCUUAUACAUUGAAAGUUUUAUUUGCCCCAUUAGUAGACUCAUUAUACGUACAACGGAUUGGAAGAAGAAAAUCUUGGUUAUUACCUCUUCAAUAUUUAGUAGGGACAAUUUUGAUGUAUACGGCAAAUAAUAUCGAUGAUUGGUUGCCCGAAUCUGGGAAGCCAAACCUAACGAUGAUCGUAUGUGUGGUAUUUGCUAUCAAUGUCCUCUCCGCAAUUCAAGAUAUUGUCGUUGACGGUUGGUCUUUAACCAUGUUGAAAAAAAAUAACGUGGGUUAUGCUUCUACGUGUAAUGCUACUGGAUUACCAAUUGGAAUGUUUAUUGGUUCAGUUUGUCCAAUUCUGCUGGUAUCUGAGGACUUCAACAAUAAAUAUUUUCGAGUUAUGCCUACCACUGGUGGUUUAAUGACAUUGCAAACUUUUAUAUAUUUGUGGAGCAUUAUAUUUUUAUUAAUAACUACAUUAAUUGGUAUAUUUAAAAAGGAGAAAGAUAAUAAAUUAGAAUUGGACCACGUAAAGAUCAGCGUUUUUCAAAAUUAUAAACUGCUAUGGGACAUUUUAAAGAAGCCUAAAAUAAGACUAUUAGCAAUAGCAUUGCUAACAGCAAGGUUUGGAUUUUCUGGAAUGGACACUGCAUCGGAUUUGAAAUUAAUCGAUGCCGGGAUAUCUAAAGAUGACAUUAUGAUAAUAGAAACCGGCAUGUAUGCUGUAAAAUUUAUCAUGCCAAUUUUCGUAUCCAAAUACAUUUCUGGUCCUAAACCGAUGGAUCUUUAUCUGACGAUGACACCAAUCAGAUUGAUUUGGAGUAUUACUUACAUGGUAUUGAUUUACUACACUCCGAGCUUAAUAAAUAAUAAUGGAGAUAUAAAAGUACCGAUUUAUUAUUAUUUCUCAUUAACAUUAAUUUUUGCAGUAAAUACGAUGCUGAGUUUUUUCAUGUUAUUAGCAUUAUACGCUUUCUUCUGUCGAUCAAGCGAUCCACGUUUUGGCGGCACGUACAUGGCGUUAUAUAAUACAUUUUAUUUUCUGGGAUGGUUAAUACCUAAUACUUUGGUUCUAAAAAUGAUCGCUCUUCUAACUUUUAGUACAUGCUCAAACGACAUCCGAAACAGUUGCCUCACACCAGAUUUAAAAAGUGUAUGUGCUGUAAACGGCGGAAGUUGUGAAGUUUUUGUGGACGGUUACUUUAUAACAAUGAUCAUCUGUAUGGUCAUUGGAUUCAUCUGGUACUUUUUAUACAGAAAUAAACUUAAAAAUUACAAGCCAAUGAGCACCUCAGAAUGGUCAGUAAAUGUGUCGUAAAUCAUUUGACAGAAAUAGUGAAUUUAGUGCACUCUAAACAAUUUGAACAACUAGGUGUCAAUAUUACCUAUUAUCGAUGAUAUUUAAAAAUUGAUUCAUUGAAUUUGUUUUAUUGAAAAUGUAUAGUAAAAAUUAUGUUACAAUUAUCAAAAAAAUGAACGAAUAAAACAAAAAAAAUUUCAAA